AUGAACCAACAAAAUGAUAUCAUCGAAUCUUUGCAAGAGCGGAUUAGGCACUACGAGCAGUUCUCUGCUGAUCAGGAGGAGAUCAAGGCUAGUAAGGAGAAAGAGACUGAAUUAAUGCAAAUAAUUCACCGACAAGCACGAGAAAUUGCCCUUAUCUCUUCUGCAUGGUAUGACUUCCAGUCGCGGCUACAGAACGGCAAUAUUGUGCUUUCUCGUCACCGUGGUGCAGCCGGUGCAAGUGCACACCAUGCAGAAGCAAACCGCACAUGGCUAGGAAAACAGAGAGCUCUGGUUGUUCCGAAAGCUGGUGGCCGGUAG